AUGUCAAUCACUCCUUCACGCGAUAUAUACGACUUGGCGCAAAGAAGACGCAGUCUUCUCGAUUGGCAAUUCCCUCAAUUGGCAUUGAUGCCAUUCGACGAGGUGGCAAAUUGGAUUGAACGCUCUCGACGAACACUUGGUGACGAUAUCAUGAGCAUGCAUAGGAACUUGUUUUCUCUUGAGCCUUUCGCUGCCAUGGAUGCGGCUUUGAACAAGAUGAUGAGUGAGAUGAGUGCCAUCGAGCCUCGUGAAUUCCACCCUGAAGCAGAGUUCACUGAGGUUGGUGCACUGGACUUCCUGAAAGAUGCCUACGAAGUAGGGAAAGACGGCAAGCUCCACUUCAAGGUGUACUUCAACGCGAAGAACUUCAAGCCCGAGGAGAUCACUAUUCGCACGGACAAGAAUAGGCUGAUUGUUGAGGCGCAGAAGAGUGCGUCGCAACGUGGUGCAGUGAUGUCAGAGUCUGUGGGACGCUCAAUCCCUAUUCCUCCGUCUGUUGAUCGCAAACAGCUGAGCUCCACUCUCACAUCGGAUGGUGUGUUGGUAGUUGAGGCGCCUGUUGAUGAGCCCAAUUACAAGGCAAUCAGAUUGCAACCGGAGGGCGGUUUGGCUAUUGAGCCGAGUGAAGUGGAGGAGAGGCAACUGGCAGUGAGAAACAAGGAUGGUGUGGAAAUAGUGACGGGAGAGGAUGGAUCGAAGAGAGUGCAUUUGGAGCUGGCAGUUGAUGGUCACUUUGGACCGAAGGACGUGAAAGUGUGGGCCAAGGGCAACAAGGUGUACGUGCAGGGAUCAGUGAGGAAGGAGGAGAAGACGGGCGAAUCGACUCACACUGAAUCGCGCGAGUUCUACAAGGCGUUUGUGACGCCAGGUGUGAUGGAUGGUAGCAAGGCUCAGGCGGAAAUUGGCGAUGGUCGUUUGGUUGUCGAGGUUCCCUUGUACAAGUGA